AUGCCUGAUUUUCGCCCCCUCUUCUUCAUCGCCAAGGUCCUAACCUGUUGUUGCUGCUGCCGUCGUGGUAAGCCCGAAAAUGCUCGUUCCAACCAUCCCUAUGACAAUGGGCACAAUCAGCGAUCAGGGGGCAGCAGUGAGAACGUGUCUGACUACUCUGAAUAUUCGAUACCCCCAGCAUACCCAGGUGGCCCUCUAAAUCUCAUUCAUCCCGAUGAAUUUGAGCACCCUGAUGAGUUGGACGAAGUACACGGACGAGAUGAUUUUGGGCUUGACUUGCAUAAAUCCCGAUCUCUUGUGCCUCUUCCUCCUACCCCUCGCCCAUCUUCGCCUGUUGCUUCUGAGCCUGGCACUGCUGGGUCUGCUGCUACCAAGACUAUUUCAGAUAAGCCCGUUGCUGUUAAAUCUGUCAUAGCUGAGCCUAUUGCCGAUGAGCCCGGUACUCCCAAGCCUGCUUCUGUUGAAAGUAUUACAGAUGAGCCUGCUGCAACCAAGUCUGUUGCCACUGAGCCUGGGCAUGAACCCAAGCCUGUUGAGGCUGGUCCUACAAAGACUGAGGCUGAUCGACCUAGUUUUGUUAAUGUGGACCUUGCGGAGGCUGGUCCUCGCAAAUCUGAUAUCGAGGCCAGGAAGGUUAAAGAUGGUACCACUGAGGCCAGCUCUGACGCAGUUGGUCCUACAGAGAACAAGGACGAGGAUAAGGACAAGGACAAGGUAUCAAAGUAA